UAAUUUUUCCCUCCUCAAGCCCCGCUCCCCUCGGAGCCCCCCCCGCGACACCAGCACCCCGACCCCCCCCCUCCCCUCCGGCCGGGCCGGGCCCCCCAGCUCGUGGGAGCCGGGAGAGGGGGGGGCCCCGAGCCCGUUCUCCUGUUCUCGCCGCCAUCCCCAGACGAUGGUGAAUGAUGAACGUGCCACACCAUGAAGCUCUUGUGGCAGGUAACUGUGCACCACCUCCGCCGCCACCGCCGCCACCGCACCUGGCCGGGGCUCCUGGCCGCCUCCCUGACCCUGCACGCGUGGCUCCUGGCCACGGCCGCUGCCUCGCCGGGCCCCCAGAGCUGCCCCUCCGUGUGCUCCUGCAGUAACCAGUUCAGCAAGGUGGUGUGCACCCGCCGCGGCCUGGCCGAGGUGCCCCCCGGCAUCCCCUCCAACACCCGCUAUCUCAACCUCAUGGAGAACAACAUCCAGAUGAUCCAGGCGGACACGUUCCGCCACCUGCACCACCUGGAGGUGCUGCAGCUGGGCAGGAACGCCAUCCGGCAGAUCGAGGUGGGCGCCUUCAACGGCCUGGCCAGCCUCAACACCCUGGAGCUCUUCGACAACUGGCUGACGGUGAUCCCCAGCGGGGCCUUCGAGUACCUGUCCAAGCUGCGGGAGCUGUGGCUGCGCAACAACCCCAUCGAGAGCAUCCCCAGCUACGCCUUCAACCGCGUGCCCUCCCUCAUGCGCCUCGACCUGGGCGAGCUCAAGAAGCUCGAGUACAUCUCCGAGGGCGCCUUCGAGGGCUUGUACAACCUCAAGUACCUCAACCUGGGGAUGUGCAACAUUAAGGACAUGCCCAACCUGACGCCCUUGGUGGGCCUGGAGGAGCUGGAGAUGUCGGGCAACAACUUCCCCGAGAUCAAACCGGGCUCCUUCCACGGGCUCAAAUCCCUCAAAAAGCUCUGGAUUAUGAACUCGCAGAUCAACCUGAUCGAGCGCAACGCCUUCGACGACCUGACGGCGCUGGUGGAGCUCAACCUGGCCCACAACAACCUGUCGUCCCUGCCCCACGACCUGUUCGCCCCGCUGCGCUACCUGGUGGAGCUGCACCUGCACCACAACCCCUGGGACUGCGACUGCGACAUCCUCUGGCUGUCGUGGUGGCUGCGGGAGUACAUCCCCACCAACUCCACCUGCUGCGGCCGCUGCCACGCCCCGCUGCACAUGCGGGGCCGCUUCCUGGUGGAGGUGGACCAGACCUCCUUCCAGUGCUCGGCGCCCUUCAUCAUGGACGCGCCCGCGGACCUCAACAUCUCGGAGGGGCGCGUGGCCGAGCUGCGCUGCCGGACGCCCUCCAUGUCCUCAGUGCGGUGGCUGCUGCCCAACGGGACGGUGCUGAGCCACGCCUCGAGCCACCCGCGCCUCUCCGUGCUCAACGACGGCACCCUCAACUUCUCGCACGUGCUGCUGACCGACACCGGCCUCUACACCUGCAUGGUGACCAACGUGGCCGGCAACUCCAACGCCUCGGCCUUCCUCAACGUCAGCACGGCCGAGCUCAACACCUCCAACUACAGCUUCUUCACCACCGUCACGGUGGAGACCACCGAGAUCUCCCCCGAGGACGUGUCCCCCAAGUUCACCAAGCCCGUGCCCACCACGUCGACGGGCUACCAGCCGGCCUACACCACCACCACCACCGUGCUGGUGCAGACCACGCGCCCGCCCAAGCAGGUGGCCGUGCCCACGGCCGACGCUGGCGACAAGCUGCAGACCAGCCUGGAUGAGGUGAUGAAGACCACCAAGAUCAUCAUCGGCUGCUUCGUGGCCGUGACGCUGCUGGCCGCCGCCAUGCUCAUCGUCUUCUACAAGCUCCGCAAGCGCCACCAGCAGCGCAGCACCGUCACCGCCGCCCGCACCGUGGAGAUCAUCCAGGUGGACGAGGACAUCGCGCCAGCCACCGCGGCCACGCCCGCGGCCGCCCCGGCCGGCGGGGCAGGGGAGGGGGCCGUGGUGCUGCCCAACAUCCACGAGCACCUCAACUACAACACCUACAAGGCCGGACACGGCGCCCACUGGACAGAGAACGCGCUGGGCAACUCCCUGCACCCCCCUGGGACCACCCUGGCUGACCCCUAUUUAAUCCAGACCCACCCCAAGGAGAAAGUUCAGGAAACCCAGAUAUGACUCUUUUUUGGGGGCUUUUUCCUGCUUUUUUUUGGGUCGUUGUCCCCCCCCCUUCCAACCCUGGCCCCGAAUUAUUAUAAACGCAAUAGAUGCACAAAAGCAGAACUCCAAAAAGAAGGAAACCCAGGAGAAUUCCUCAAUACUAAGGAAAACCAGGAGAAUUCCUCAAUAAUAGACACAACUUUUGUACAGGGGGGGGGAGAGACUCUUUUUCGUGUACAUGCUUCUAUAGCCAACCUCGGGGCCGAGAAGAGCAGCAGAUUCUAUUAAAAUUUAACGAAACCCACCCAAAACUCCUACAAAAAACCACUAUUUUCUAACUCGCAGGUUCUAUUUAAACACAAAAAGAAACAAACCAGGAGAAACAGAGGAGGAAAAAAAUAAUCGGUAAUAAGAGAAAAAAUCCCCGUGCUCGGGGACGAGCGGCGGUGCCGUGGCGCGGGGGGACGCGGGGGACGCCGGAGCGGUGGCAGAAGCUGUCGGGGUGUUUUUGG